UCCCUGCCCAUGGCAGGGGGUUGGAACUAGAUGCCCUUUAAGGUCCCUUCCAACCCAAACCGUUCUAUGUUCUUCUAGCUGAAAGUAAUCAGGGGUUGGAUGUAUUUGCAUAGGUAGCAGGUAGCAGCAGGUGCCCCCAAGAUGUGGCCACCAUGGCUUUAUGACCGCGCAUAUCCCCCCUCUGCCACCCAGCGAGCAGCCAGCAGGGCCCUGCAUGGGGUGGUUUGGGUCCAGGGAAGGGGAGGGCACUCCAGGGGCUCGUUUCUCUCCCAAACCACCUGCAUCAGUAAUACCUCAUAGAAAAUUUGUCUUUGGGAUCUGCAAUGUUUCUGUUCUAAGACCCUCCCUUGUCUUAGUCAGUGUCUUUUGAUAAAGAUAUCCAGCUCCGAUCUGGUACUUGUCAUUACUAAACCAUGAAACACUUGACAUGGGAGCCUUGUAUAAUGUGUGAGGAAACCUGCCUCACUGAAUGUGUGUACAUGAUUAAUAUUGGUCUGUCUUCAAUAGCCCAUGUCUUCCUGUGCUCCUUUUCCAGUUUGUUUGGUGGAACACUUGAUUUGUCAGAUGUUUUUACAUCUGAAAGGUAAACUCCCUUUGGAAUAUAAAUAACAAAUAUAAAGAGAAAACAUCUUUGUAGCAGUUCUUAAAAAGCUUUAAUGCUGCUUCCUCUUCAGAACACUGUACCUUUUUUUUUUUUCCCCAAGUAACCAUGUUUUUGCUUUGUCUUUUAUGUUUAAAGAGUGGCAGCCUUUAGAAGGACAUCAAGACAGAGAGAAGUGUCCUGUAAUUGUUGUAUCAGCUGCAUAUACCCUGCAGGAUAGUGGUGCUCUGGGGUGUUGGCUGCAGUCCCUCGCUGUGACCUGACUGUGUCGGGAGGAAAUCUGGGUUUGUUCCAUUCCUCCACACAUGCUCAUAUCCUUGGGAUGGGUGCUGAGUGUGCUGUGUUGUCCAGCAGAUAGCUUGGACUGAAUCAAUGGGGAAGCCAGGAUUGCUGGGAUUGUUUCCUUCUCAAUGUAAAUAACAUAACCUAGGAAAGAGUGCUGCUGUGGAGAGAAGAAACCCAAGUCUGAACUGUUCCUGGGGUGCAAAGAGCUAUCUGGCAAUGCUCUUUGUCCCUCCUUCCUCAUACGCAUGAAAAACUCUGGUUGAGUUCUUUGUCAGUCUAGAAGGGUCACCAGAGAUUUUUCCUGUGUCUACUUGGGCACUUAAAUAGAAAUGCAUGCAAAAACUUGCAGAUCCAUUUACAAUCUUUUCAUAGUAGAGUGUCUCUAUAAUGAUGCAGGAAUUUUAGAACCCUUUGUGUUUUCAAUGGUAAAAAAAAGAGAUCUCCACUGGCUUUCGAUACGAGGCAUCUUCAUUUUCAAGUAAAAGAUACAGAGGCACAGAAAUACACUGGCCUGUCUUGGAACACAGAUGUCUCUGAAUCUUAUUCCACUAUGAAACAGCUUUCAGCAGAGACCGUUCGUCUCCUUUCAAGUUCUCAGGUGAUUACAUCAGUUGUCAGCGUGGUGAAGGAGCUGAUAGAAAAUUCCUUGGAUGCUGGUGCCACAAAUACUGAUAUUAAACUGGAGAAUUAUGGGUUUGACAAAAUAGAAGUAAGAGACAAUGGCAGUGGAAUCAAGGUUGCUGAUGUUCCAGUUAUGGCAAUUAAACACUACACCUCAAAAAUAAGCUCUUCUGAGGAUCUUGAAAGGUUGACAACAUACGGUUUCCGCGGGGAAGCUUUGGGAUCAAUUUGCAGCAUAUCAGAGGUUUUGAUCACAACAAAGACAGCUGCUGAUAAUAUCAGCACUCAGUAUGCUUUGGAUAGCAAUGGGCAUGUAGCUUCUAAAAAGCCUUCCCACCUUGGACAAGGUACUACAGUUACAGUUCUAAAGUUGUUUAAGAAUCUUCCUGUAAGAAAGCAGUUUUAUUCAACAAAUAGAAAAUGUAAGGAAGAACUGAAGAAAGUCCAAGAUCUACUGACAGCGUAUGGUAUCAUAAAACCAGACCUGAGGAUAACCUUAACGCAUAAUAAGGCAGUUAUUUGGCAGAAGACCAGGGUGUCAGAUCACAAAAUGGCCUGUAUGUCAGUUCUGGGAACAGCCGUUAUGGGCAGUAUGGUACCUUUUCAACACUGCUGUGAAGAUCCUGAGAUAAAUCUUUCUGGAUUCCUCCCAAAAGCUGAGUCAGACAGUUCUUUGACAAGCCUUUCAAGUUCAGAAAGGAGUUUUGUUUUUAUAAAUAAUCGUCCAGUUCAUCAGAAGGAAAUACUGAAGUUAAUUCGACAGUACUACAGUCUGGUGACACGCAAGGACUGUACUCGUUUAUAUCCUGUAUUCUUUUUGAAUAUUACUGUACCUGCCUCUGCUGUGGAUGUGAAUUUAACACCUGAUAAAACUCAAGUUUUACUGCAUUAUAAGGAAUCUGUCAUACUUGCUGUUGAAAACGUGUUGAAAUCACUGUAUGGGCCACUACCUGCUACAGUCCCUGGUGAAAGUGAUAAAACAGAUGUUACCUCAGAAGACAUGUUUGUUCAUAGAACAGAACAAACAGAUGUGGUUGUUAAUGAAAUGGGACCAUCUGGAAACGAUGAUCUACAUGCUCAUACUUCAUUCCUUUCAUUCAGCAGUGAUGUGCAAAACUGUCAAGCAGGAAAAAACAUGGAGAUCUGCUUAAAUCAUCAGACGUUUUGUGGUGAUAAUGUACAUAGUUGCCGGGACAAAAAAGAGGUUUCUAAGAGUGACGCCUUUCCAGACAGUUCCUUAAAUUUAUUGUGUGAGGAUGAACAGAAUGGACAGAAUAUGACUGAUAUUCAAAGUAACAGUGUUACCGUGGACCCCAGUUCUAAAAAAGCUGAUGAGUGUCUUUUGAGUUCUGGUAAUAUUGACGAAAUAGAAAAAAAUGGGGAAGCUUUAGUCUCUAAAGACUUACCUGAAAUCUCUGCUGAUAGUUGGAGUAUGGGAAGCGGAUUUAAAAACUUUCUAGGAGACAACCUAGAACCUGUUAAGAUUUUGAUUCCUGAAGCUGGAGGAACAAUUAGUAAGCAAAAUGGACAUACUAGUGAACAAAGCAGUGAUCCCCGAAUCUCAAAUCAAAGCAUAGAGAAAAGAAAUGUGAUAAGUGAUAAAUUUGGACAUGUGACAGCUUAUGACUUAAUUAGUAGUAGAAUAAUAAAGAAACCAAAGUCUGCUAUUGGAUUUUUCACUCAAGAAUAUCGUCCAAAAUUGAUAACUGAUAACCCAAAGACCAGCAUGGAGGAUAUUCUGCUGCAAAUUGAAGAGCAGUGGAAUAAUUUGAAUGAAGAGGAAAAAAGGAAUUAUGAAAUAAAAGCUGCUAAAGACCUGGAACGAUACAACAGAGAGGUCAAGAAAGCUAUGGCACAGAAAGCACACCGGCCAACAAAGGAGGCAGAAAAACAGAAACCCAAGCUGAAGACUUCCCUAUCCGACCAGCCGAAGCUUGACAAGAUAUUUCAUGCUCAAAUUGAAAAGAAGCGGAAACCCGAAGAGUCUAUGAAAAUUGUGACAGUGCCGUUUUCUCUGAGUUCCUGUAGACAUCAGCAUCCGAGACAUGAGAAAAACUAUUCAAAUGAACAUGAGCUUUUCCUGAUCCGUCAUCGAAGUUUUCCUGAUGUCUGGAUAUUUGCUACUGAAAAAAAGCUGAAGUUACUGAAUCCAUACAGAUUAGAAGAAGCCCUGCUACGUAAAAGAUUACUCAUGAAUCAUAAGCUUCCAGUAGAGAAACUGGACAAGCCAAUUGUGUUAACAGACAGUCUGAUUGGUGGAUCUCAGUACAUGGCUGCUCUUUAUAAAAUGCAGAAGGAUUACCCCAAUUUCAAUGGAUCGGCUUAUUUAUCAGAUCCAAGGCUUGUAGCAAAUGGGUUCCAGAUAAAAGUGAUAGAAGGUGCUUCAGCUACAGAAAGUCAUCUGGAAAUAGAAGGGAUGGCAAAUUGUCUGCCAUAUUAUGGUAUUUCUGAUUUGAAAGAAAUUCUGAAUGCAGUAGUUAAUGGAAAUGCAAAGGAAGUGUAUGAAUGUAGACCCCUCAAAGUGAUGAAUUACUUGGAGGGAGAAGCAGUACGUUUAGCUCGGCAGCUGCCCUUACAUUUGUCAAAAGAAGAUGUACAAAACACAAUUUACAGGAUGAAGCAACAGCUUGGAAAGGAAAAUAAAGGCUGUGUUCAUGGUCGUCCUUUCUUUCAUCACUUAACAGAUAUUCCAGAAGUUGACAACCACAACUCCAUGGAAAUUAUUCAGUAAAUGGAACAUUUUGUUUGGGGUCAUAUUUCUCUUGCUUAAUUUUCUUCAUUACUGUGUAAUUUCAGUAUGUUUUGUACAGAGCUUUUGUAUAAUGACUUUUCAUUAUCAUAUGUUUGUCUUCUAGAGACUUUUAUUUAAAUUCAAAUGCUACUUGAAAACUGGAAAUAAAUACUGUAGAGAAACAACUCACCACUAUUUUUAAAAGGAAUUUAUUAAAGAAGCGUUCU